UCUCUCUCUCUCUCUCUCCUGGUUGAAGUUGUGGUUUUGGACUGAUUUCUAGGUUGUAAUUCGUCGAAAUUAGAAGUAUUUGAGUUUUUUAUGUUUCUGAAGGCAGCCCAGUUUGAGGUGGUCUGAGAAAUGAACCGUUAAGGUUAUGAAAUUACAAGUAGAUCUGGUAGAGGCUAGGUCUGAGAAAAUUUCACUAUGAAUUACUGAAAAAAAUUGCAUCUUUCCCGAACUGGUAACUGUUUUCCUCUUUCUCGGUGGUGAUUUUUAACAGAAUUUGCUACUAUAGCUUUGUGUUCUGUAAAUCCUAACGCUAUAUCGAUUUGUCCGAAUAUCUCUUCUUAUCACUCCAAAAAAUCAGCCGACUUAUAAUUUUCAGCCGACGUUGACCAGGUCAUAACAAGCCACUAAUUUAUGUGUUGAAGGCAGAUUGGGUAUCAUGUCAUAAAUUUUCCGUUAUUCACAGAUCUGCAAAUUUUUCGGGCGAAAUUAAUUUUCUGUUAACUUGAUCCGACUUUUUCGUAAUUUACAGGUUUUCCAAGGUAGGAAAUGAACCGCUACGCAAUCCACCAGAACAGCUUUGCUGCCUACGAGGAGAUGAGAGGCAACGCCGCCGCCGCCGCUGCCUGCAGAUCUGUGGAGAUGAAAGAAACGGUCAUCUGCCCUAAGCCGCGGCGGCUCGGCUUGCUCCAGACCACUCUCCAUGAGCCUUCUUACCCGAGACCUCUCAGAUGGCACGCUAGCCAUCACCAAGAGGUUUUUGAUUCCAAAGCUGGAAGCGAGCUUCUGGACAUCAUCCUAGCAAAGCAGGGUGGUGGUUGUGGUAGUGAUCAAGCAGUGCCACCGGUAGCCUCGUCGCCCCCAUUUUUUUCCGGGUCGCCGCCGAGCAGAGUAUCUAACCCACUAAUUCAAGACGCGCGGUUCGUGGCUGAGCAAAGCACCCCUGUCUCCCCACGCGCGAUCCCGGCCCCUUCCCCCUCUUCCACCCGCAAGGGGGGCUGUGUCCGGGCGAAUUUUGGGAACAACCCGGCCGUGAGGGUGGAGGGAUUCGACUGCCUGGACCGGGAUAGGCGCAACUGCAGUAUCCCUGCCCUGGCAUAAGGUUUAGGAGUUUUCAAGAUUUUGAUCUGCUAAGUUAAGUGGAUGAUCAUUCAAAACAUGAUUAGGUAAUAGUAGUGUAUAUAUAUGGAUGUUGUUUGGGAAGAAGUGUCUGUAAAUAAAGGGAUGGUGUAUGUAUUGAGCAGGAAAAUAAUUUUAGGGUUUGAGUUGAGAAGUGAGAGGUGCGGUGGGCCCCCCUUAUGCUGUAAUUAGAGAGGUGAGAAGGGGGGAAUAUGACGUGCUUUUUGAUGUCAAUUUUGAGUAGGGCGGAAUAUGUAUAAAGAAUUAUGGAUAUAUAGCUGGCGCUGAGUCAAGAUGUUCUGUAGUCAACCAAAUUGAGUUUGUUAAAGAUUUUAAUAUUAUAAAAAUUUCAUCUUUUUUUCU